CAAAGGAGGUACAGGAGAAUGCUCACUUUAGGGUUGCCGUUUUUGAUCCUCUUAUAUAUAUAUAUAUAUAACCUUUAUACACUUGUUCUUCUUCCCUAACGCCCCCUUCGCCAUUACUGCAGCCUCUCAAAAGCAAAUUGCUUCGUCUGUAGAUUCUUGAAAGGUCGCUGGGUUUCUGUUGUGGGUUUUAACAUUUACCAAGAAAAGAAAACAUGUCUGGAGAGGAUGCUGCUGUUGCUGUUCCUGUUGCCGAGACUCCUGCUCCAGCACUUGGAGAGCCCAUGGAUAUCAUGACUGCUCUGCAGCUGGUGCUUAGGAAGUCUAAAGCUCAUGGAGGUCUUGCUCGAGGACUCCAUGAAGGUGCAAAGGUCAUUGAGAAGCAUGCUGCACAGCUAUGUGUGCUGGCAGAGGACUGUGACCAGCCUGAUUAUGUCAAACUGGUGAAAGCACUUUGUGCUGAUCACAAUGUCAGUUUGAUUACAGUUCCCAAUGCAAAAACUCUCGGCGAAUGGGCUGGUCUGUGCAAGAUUGAUUCUGAAGGGAAAGCAAGGAAGGUUGUUGGUUGUGGCUGUGUUGUAGUGAAGGAUUAUGGUGAGGAAACUGAGGGUCUCCAUAUCGUCCAAGAGUACGUGAAAUCUCAUUAGAUGGAAGUUGGUGAUGCAGCUUAGGAUUAUGGAGCUAAAGAUCCCCUGAGGCUAUCUUUUGUUAUUUAUCUGUACUUGCAUUAGUGUUGAGUAUUUGAGAUUUCAAACAAGUUAUCGUUGUGUACUUGCAAUUUUGUGUUCCCAGCAGGGGCAUAUCAUCUAAUACUCCUUUAAGUUAUAAUCCUGAUGUCUGCCUUCCCUAGAA